AAAGCCGUAAACAUGAAAGUAUUAGCUUCUCUCCUAAUUUCAACUGCAAUUAUUGCAUCUGCCUACGCAAAUCCAAUCCAACGAGUAGUUGGUGGCGAGGAUGCCAUUCCUCACGAGUUUCCUUAUCAAAUCAGUAUUCGGUCGGCAUCGGGUAUACAUCACUGUGGCGGAAGUAUUUUGAAUGAAAACUACAUUUUAACUGCUGCCCACUGUAUCGUCCCUGAAGGAUCUUUGGUUGUAGCUGGAGCUCACAAUUUAUCAAGCCCAAAUAAAAAUGAACAACAUCGCUUAAUUGAAAAGUUCAUCAGUCACGAAGAUUAUCCGGGAUCAGUGGCUCCAUUUGACAUUGCACUCAUCAAAGUUUCGGAGCCCUUUGUUUUGAACAAAUUCGUAAAAAGUAUUGCAUUACCCAAGGCUGGAGAAUAUCCAAGUGGAAAAGCUAUUGUGUCUGGAUGGGGUUCAGUUAGCAAUACUUCGAAUCCAUCGUACCCAAUAAUUUUACAAAAAGCCAUUUUGCCUAUCCAUUCGGAGGAAGAAUGCUCAACUCUCUGGAUGAUUAGUCCUUAUGAGGACACAAAUGUGUGUGCAGGUGAAUUAGAUGGCUCCAACUCUGUCUGCUCUGGAGAUAGUGGUGGUCCAUUGGCACAAAAAGUUGGAAAGGAAAACGUCGUUGUUGGAGUUGUUUCUUGGGGGAACAUUCCAUGUGGAUCUCCUGGAAAACCUGGCGUUUUUACUCUUGUGUCCUCUUAUAUCGACUGGAUUCAACAAAACAUGAAUUAAAAACAAAUUAAAUAUAAAAUAUCAGUUAAUAAAAAAAAAUUUAAAUUUAA